AUGAAGGGUAAGGUGUCUAUGAAUAGUUCUUGGAUAAUUGAUACAGGUGCAUCUGACCAUAUGACUAAUGAUCCUAGUCUCUUAGAAAAGCUAAAACCCUCUUCUCAAAAUAUUGUUUCUACUGCUGAUGGUACUCCCACUCCGGUUACCGGAGAAGGUUCUGUUGUCUUAUCUGAUACAUUAACCCUUGAUUCUGUGUUGGUUGUUCCCUCUUUGGCAUAUAAUCUCUUAUCUGUUGGCCAAAUUAUUCUAGCACUAGCAUAUUUUCGUUGUGAUGUAUGUGAACUGGCUAAGAGUCAUAGAAUUUCGUAUUCACCUAGUCUUAAUAAAAGUCCCAUUCCCUUUAUGAAGAUUCAUUCGGAUGUCUGGGGUCCUGCUAAGAUCCCUUCUUUUUCUGGAGCUCGGUAUUAUGUGACUUUUAUUGAUGAUUGCACUCGUAUGACUUGGGUAUCUCUAUUAAAGAACAAGAGUGAUGUGUGUUACAUGUUCCAAGAUUUUCAUAAAAUGGUGUCUACACAGUACCAACAGUCUAUUCGUAUUUUUCAAUCUGACAAUGGUGGAGAGUAUGUUAAUGGCCCUAUGCAGGAGUUUAUGCAAUCCCAUGGAAUUCGACAUCAGACUUCCAACUCCUAUACUCCUCAACAGAAUGGAUUGGCAGAAAGAAAGAAUCGACAGUUACUUGAAGUUGUCCGUGCCUCAUUGUUUGGCAUGCAUGUGCCCCGUGAAUAUUGGGGAGAAGCUGUGAAGUCCGCCACCUACCUCAUUAAUCGUACUCCUUCUCGGGUCAUUGAAUUUCAAAAUCCUCAUCAGAAACUUCAGCAACUUCUGUCACUUCCAUCCCUACCAAACCUUGAACCUCGUGUGUUUGGAUGUGUAGCUUAUGUUCAUAUUCCCAAGCCUCAACGCAGUAAACUUGAUCCUCGUGCCCGUAAGUGUAUAUUUGUUGGUUAUGCGGAUUUCCAAAAGGGUUAUCGAUGUUAUGAUCCUGUUACUGGCACUAUGUAUGUUUCUCUUGAUGUUGCGUUUCGCGAAUCUGAGCCUUAUUAUUUAGGGGGAGGUUCAGAGUCUUCCCUUCAGGGGGAGAGAGAUUGUGAAGGAAAUCCUCGGGAUUUGUUUGCAUUUGAAGAAUUCGAAGAAUUAGAAGCUUUGGAGUCAAGAUUUGGAGUUGACAGCGAUGGGGCAGGAAAAGAAAACGAACGAAAAGAAAAAGAAGUAGCAGAAAACGAAAAAGGACCUGCUGGAGGUGAACUCACUGUGGGGUCGGCAGGGAACGAAAGUGCACGGAUGGGAGAAGAAAGUGCAUGGAUGGGAGAGAGAGAAGCUCACCAUGGGACCACAGGAGAAGAAAGUCAUCAUGGGACCACAGGAGAAGAAAGUAUACGGAUGGGAGAGAGAGAAGGUGAAGGUGCCGUGAUACAAAAUAAAGAAGGUGGACAAAUGGAUGGAGGUGGUCCCGUGUUGGGAGGUAAAGGAAGUGGACAUAUUGAUGAGCCCGUGGGGCCCUCAGAAGAACAAGUUUUUGGCUCCAGCCGACCUUAUUGCUCCAGCCGACAGAUUGCCGUGGACCCUACCUGCGAGACUAGUAAAGAUGCUGCCAACAGAAAGUCCUGUAGUCCCAGCGAUGGACCAUUACCAACGGGACCCGCUACCUGCGAGAAAAGCACAAAAGAUACUUUAAUACGUCCUCAUCUAUCAGAGUUCUUCCCCCUCUCUACAUCGUCAACCGAAGAAUCUGCUGUGAAUGUUCUUCCUCAGGAUGCUUUGGCAGAUCCUAAGUGGACUCAAGCGAUGAAUGAAGAAUUAAAGGCCUUGCAGAAAAACUUGACUUGGGAUGUUGUGACUAUGCCGGCGGGAAAGAAGACUGUUGGAUGUCGAUGGGUGUUUACUGUAAAACUUAAAGCGGAUGGGAGUAUUGACAGGUAUAAAGCAAGGUUAGUUGCCAAAGGGUACACCCAACGCUAUGGAAUUGAUUAUGAAGAGACAUUUGCCCCUGUGGCAAAGAUCAAUACUGUUCGGAUCUUGAUUUCACUUGCAGCAACUAAAGAUUGGCCUCUACAUCAAUUUGACGUGAAAAAUGCUUUCCUUAAUGGAAACUUGGAGGAAGAAGUGUAUAUGGACAUGCCGCCGGGAGUCAAAAGUAUGCCUUGCGAUACUGGCAAGGUUUGUAAGUUGAAGAAGUCUCUAUAUGGUUUGAAGCAGUCUCCUAGAGCGUGGUUUGGAAGGUUCUCCAAAUCUAUGAAGGUGUUCGGGUAUAGACAGAGCAACUCGGAUCACACCUUGUUCAUCAAGCGUAGUCAGGGUAAGAUUACCGCACUAAUAGUCUAUGUUGAUGAUAUGAUUGUCACAGGAGAUGAUCCAAAAGAGAUGGAGGCUCUACAGGACUAUUUGUCUAAGAAGGGGAUUUCUUUGUCCCAACGUAAGUAUGUACUUGACUUGCUAACUGAGACCGGAAUGCUUGACUGUAACCCUAUUGAGACACCGAUCGAGAUGAAUCACAACCUCGCCAUCUAUCCGGAUCAGGUUCCAACUGAUAAAGGAAGUGAAGAUCAUAUGGAUGCAGUGUAUCGUAUUUUGAGAUAUCUUAAAAUGGCACCUGGAAGGGGUUUGUUGUUUGAAAAAAAGGAAGAGUUGGAGGUUGUGGGUUACACAGAUGCAGACUGGGCUGGUGAUAAGACGGACAGACGGUCUACAUCUGGGUAUUUUACCUUUGUUGGAGGAAACCUUGUGACUUGGCGUAGCAAGAAACAGAAGAUGUAG